AUGGAGCCUCCAGCAAACCUGACGAUACCAUCAGCCUCGUCCAGCUCUUGGGUUCAGCCUGCAGGCCCUUUACACCCUCAUUUAAUCACAUGUUCUACUCUUGACAAUUUGACGGCUCCAGUCUAUCCUUCGCCAUCGAAAUUCUUUCCCUUAAAGCCAGACACUGAUCCCCGACAACUUUACGAAGAUUGCAAACGUGGUCUCGCCCGUUGUAUCUACGAGCACCCGCACCUUUCUGGUAUCAUCAUCAAAGAUGAAACUGGGCGCAACUCGGUCGAAAUCCGCCCGGCACCUUAUGCUGGCACCAACUUUGAGUACCAAGACCACCGAGACGAUGACGAUAUGCCUUCAUAUGAGGAGUUCAGAAAUGCUGGCUGGCCGUUUGGGGACGGCGAGCGAGACGGUCUCAGCAAGCUGCGCCCAAAACACUUUCCGAGCACUCAGGAUGGCGAUCCCGUCAUUGCUCCUCAGUUCAAUGUCAUCAGAGGCGGAAUAGUGUUGACCAUGUCAAUUGCACAUGCCAUUGGAGACCUUGUGCAGUUUAUGGACUUUGUCAGAUCUUGGGCACAAAACACAUUUGCUGUGGCCGAUGCUCGCACAAGAGGCCAACCCGAGCCACCACUACCGCAACAAAUCGCGGCGCAUUUGAUGGACCGCUCGCCGCUUUGUCCGAAUGUGCAGAUUGAGCAAGAUCUCGACAAGUUGGUAGCUCGCGCAGCCAAACUUCCACAUCUGACUUUGCUCGAUCCUCGCAACCCCGACGAAAUUUGCAGAAUCGUGGAUGAAAUCUUCACAAAGGCUCGCUUAACAGACCGUGAUCUAGCAAACGUGCCCGAAGAUGAACUCCGCCAGCAAUUGUGCUCUGUCUGGACUUUCCCGCAGUCAUCUAUCAAAGAGCUACAACGCGUCGUUCAGGGGGCAUCGCCCAGAGACACCAGGUUAUCAGCUGUCGACUGUCUGACCGCGUUCGCAUGGCAGCGUUUCUUCAUAGCCAAAUGGGCCCCAGACAUGCUGGGUCCAGAUCCCGUUCCUGACACGACACGUAUCAUCUUCGCUGGGAGUAUUCGCCGACGUCUGACGCCGCGUCUGCCUCACAACUACAUGCCGGCUUGUGUUGACCUCUUUCCCGUGACUGUGAAGACAAGCAACUUCGCAUCCUCAUCCCCAGAGGCCUUGGCUCUGGCAGCAAUGAUGGUUCGCAAUAGUAACAAUAGUUGGAGCGAGGAGGCAUUCCGCGAGAUGCUUGAGAUUGCUCAGGCGCAUCCCAUGAGCCCAGGCAUAGUACCGAGAGGGCCAAUCGAUGCACUUGUCACCGACCAUACGCGUGCAAGUGCGGCUGUGCUUGAGGAUUGGGGUCCUGGCCUUGGCCGAUGUGAGGGGCUGCGCGAACCAUAUCUCGGUCGAGUCCCCCCUCGUGGUGAACUUACUCUCUUGCCACGUUGGCAUGAUGGCGAAGUAGACAUUCUUAUCGCCGGAGAGGCUGUCGUACUACAACGAUUGAGGGAUGAUAGGUUUAUGAAUGCAAUGGCUUCGUGUCAGUUCGUUAUGGAUGAUUUCGUUAAGAGAGCUGCGAAGGAUCGGCUGAAGUCAAAAUUAUGA